AUGCCUCGUGCAUACUAUAAGCCCUUCACAGUCUACGAGGAGGCGGUGGGGUUUCACGGCACGAAGCGGAACGCAUACAUCUGCUGCGCCUUUCUCUUUGGUGGUCUGCUGUUCAAGGUGCUGGUGCUUUCACGGUAUUCUACCGCGUCCAACUUUAGCGCGUUAUCGGAACUUGAAAAUGAUCCGCAGUACCAGGCGGUGGUGGCGGAGAGAAUGCAGUUGGCGGAAAACCUAGCCUCGCGGGAGGCCAUGCGACGGGCCAUGUCGGCUCGGCGUGCACCCCCGGCCUAG